GCGAAGCCGCAGUCCCGGCGGCGCGGGCGCAGCUCGCUAGGAUUGUGGACCGUAGAGCGCCGGCUCGAGCUGGCCUGUCCCCGCGCGCGGGAGCCCCGGUCGGCCGCCAAAUCUGGGCGGCUGGUAACUUGGCGGCGGGCUCCCGCGGCCGUGCCGCGGCCAUGUAGUCGCCGGCGGGGCUCCCCGCAGCCCGGGAGCGGCAGCGAGAGCGAGUCGGAGCCGCGCAGCUCGCAGCUUUCCCUGGAGACGCUGAGUGCCCGCCGCGUCCCCGCUGCCCCUCGGGCUGCACUUUGGGCCCGAGAGGGAAAUGGGGGAGAAAGUUUCGGAGGCGCCGGAGCCGGUGCCCCGUGGCUGUAGCGGCCACGGCGCCCGGGCUCCUGCUCCUGCGGUGGCCGCCGCAUCCUCGCCUGGCGCUUCCUCGGCCGAGUCCUCCUCGGGCUCAGAAACUCUGUCGGAGGAAGGGGAGCCCGGCGGCUUCUCUCGAGAGCAGCCGCAGCCACCGCCGCCGGGCGGCGCCCUAGGCGCCCCGCCGCCCGCCGCGUGGGCUCCCGCGCGCGUGGUGCUUGAGCUUGGAGUCUGUGCGCCGCCGCCGCAGCUCCGCGGAGGAACCGCGCCGCCCGCGCCGCGGGGCAGCAGCGCGUCCCAGGAGGAGCAGGACGAGGAGCUUGACCACAUACUAUCACCUCCGCCCAUGCCGUUUCGGAAAUGUAGCACCCCGGAUGUGACUUCUGGUCCUGCAAAGUCACUGAAGUUUAAAAGACAGCUGAGUGAGGACGGGCGAGAGCUGCGGCGGGGAAGCCUGGGAGGAGCUCUCACAGGGCGGUACCUGCUUCCAAACCCCGUGGCAGGGCAGGCCUGGGCCACCUCGGCGGAGACGUCCAACCUCGUGCGCAUGCGCAGCCAGGCCUUGGGCCAGUCUGCGCCCUCGCUCACCGCCAGCCUGGUGAGUGUCCUCUGCCUCUUUAUGCAGAGCAUCGGGUGAUACCGUCUCUCCACCUCCCUGGGGACUAUUUUAAGUUUAUUGAGUUUAACUAGGUUUGAACUUACAACCACAUUUAACGUUAAGCACAGAUUUGGCAAUGUGCAAUAUUUUGCUCUGAGUGUGCUAAUUUUUUCCAAGGCUUGUCUCCAUCCCUCCUGCCUAAUCUUUACCGUUUGUUUCUACUUGGCUGUCUCCCCUCUUCCUUCAAAAGAAAUGAAAAUAUUUGUGAGAUUUUUGUCUUAAAUGCCUUAUUUGAAAAUAAUUCCAAACUUACUAAAAGUUGCAAGAAUAUGAAAAAUCAGUAGAACAUGGUGGGUCCUUACCUUGAUUCAGCUAUUAAUCUCUUGCCAAAUUCGCUUUAUCUUCCUUGUAUAUAUGUCGAUGUAGAUAUAUACCUAUGUGUGUAUAUGCAUAUAUAUGUCCACACACUCAGAUAAUUUUUUGAACUGUUUGGGAGUAAACUGUAUGUAUUAUGGCCAUUUGUUAUCACAGUUACGAACAGUGGCAAAUUUAUGGCUGCCAUAAGCCUUUUGUGUAUGCUCCAUUCUGUAUUUCAGUUUAAUCAAUUGGCACGAUAAUGUCCUGUAUGGCAUUUUUCUUCAGCCUCCAGUAUAGGAUUCAGUCUGGGGUCAUAUAUUGUAUUUAAUUGUCAUAUCUAUUCAGUCUCUAUCAAUCUGGAAGGUUGCCACAGCCUUCCUUUGCCUUUUAUGACACAGACAUUUUUGAAGACUAUAGUUCUCCCAAUGAAAAAAAAUGUAAUGUUUCUCAUAUUACACGUGUUUGAUAUGUGUAAUGUUUCCUCUUGGGGAAAGUCACAUUUUGCAUUCCAGGCCAGAAUAGGACAUGGGUGGUGAUGUUUCCUUUCAGGGCUUGCCUCAUGCAGGCCCCCGAAGUCAGUCUGCCCUUCAUUGUGAUGUUAAUUUUGCCACCCCCCCUCCCCCGCCCCCAUCAUGGCAGUGUUUAAUUUCUCCACCGUGGUUUGAUUUUUUCCUCUUGCAAACGAUAAGCAUUCUGUAGAGAGAUAGAUUUCAGGCCAUGUGAACGUAUUUGGUCAAAAAUUUCCCCUAGAUUUCUCAUCCAUUGGUGACACCUGUUUGUUUGUAUGUUUGUUUGUUCCAACCUCAGCACUUGAUCCGCAUUUACCACUUGGCAGGUGGCACCCAUAUUUGUAUAUAUGUUAGUAGUUUGGACUCCUGAAUUUUUUUUCCAGUGUUUUCAGUGUUCAUCUUUAUUUUCUUUAAAAAAAUUUUUUUUUCUUUUUUUACUGUUUAUUUUGAAGAGAGAGACAGAGACAGAGACAGAGCCUGAGCAGGGGAGGGACAAAGAGAGGGAGAGAUACACAGAAAUCAAAGUAGGCUCCAGGCUCCGGGCUGUCAGCACAGAGUCCAACGUGGGGCUUGAACUGAAGAUCCAUGAAAUCAUGACCUGAGCCCAUCAGAUGCUUAGCUGACUGAGCUGCCUAGGUGCCCUUCAUCUUUAUUUUCAAUCACAAUGCUUACUAGAAUUUUUUUUUUCUCCUGGGUGUAUUACUUCUCUACUUCAACCUUUGGCACAGCCUAGAAGUCUGUACAAGUUACUUUUGCUCUAGUGGUAGAGUUGUAUGGUAUGGGAAUAGGUUUUUAAACAUGUUUUACUGAUGAUAAUGCAAAUAAUAAAUGAGUGCAUUGCGGUGCCUUGUAAUCUUAUGCAUUGGUAAUGAAUAAGUUGGAUAUUUGAGAAUUAUUCAGUAAUCAGGGAGAUUUGAUUUAGGUUGAGAUUCUAGUCUUGCUUUUGCCAUUAGGUAGCUGUAUAAACUUGGGCAGAUCACUUACUUUCUCAGAUUUUAUCAACUCAGCUGUACCUGCAAGAUGAAAAGAGGUAUUGAAUCAGUCUCUGGAAUUCAACUUCGGGAUUCCCUGAUUUUGCUUCUAGAAUAAUAAAGAUUAUGAACAUAGUGAAUAGUUAUCCCUAAAAAAGUGUCUUUCAGAAAAUUUAUGACUUCAAAAUUGACUAUGAUUUUCACAUCAAAGUUCAUCUUUUUCCUCUCAUGAAAAUUUGGAGACUUAUAUUUAAAGGUAUGUUUACAACGAUAGUAGUUAGCAUUUGCCUUCAUUCCAUCCCCAAGUUCAAUUUUAGUUUUUCUUCUUGGGCAAUUAUAUUAAAAGCUUAUUUUACUGAAAGUGUUUACUUUUUAAGGAAAGAGGGAAAUUCCUCAGAAUUAGUGGUUUAAAAAAUUUUUUUUAAAUAUUUAUUGUUUUGAGAGAGAGAGCGAGAGCGAGUGAGCAAGCAGGGUAGGAGCAGAGAGAGAAGGAGACACAGAAUCCUAAGCAGGAUCCAGGCUCCAAGCUGUCAGCACAGCGCCCAACUCAAAUCCACAGGGCUCUAAUCCAUCCGCAAACUGAGAGAUUGUGACCUGAGCUGAAGUUGGACGCUUAACCAACUGAGCCACCCAGGUGCCCCAGUGAUUUUUUUUAAACAGAAGUGUUUUUUGGUCACUGCAAUAUUACUCUUAACACUUAGUUAGUAAUCCUGUAUGUUUAUUGCCAAGUAAAUUAUUCUGAUUAAAAAGCACUGUUAAAGGGAAUAUAUCUUACGUAAUACUGGUAGUCACAUAGUCAGAAACAGAAAUUGAUUCAUUCAUUCUUAAAACACAUGUCAGGUGACCUAAGGCUUGGGAAUAAGAUAAAAAGAUAAAGAGAGCUAUUAAUAGAAAAUACAAAAGAGUACUCUCUAAAAUCUGUCUGAUGAGAUUCUUAGCAAAGUGUCAUUAAAUUACUGGCUUAUCUGCCCUGCAAGUUUUUCCACUGUUUGCUUGAGAGCAAAACUAGAAAAAGUGCUAAAAUACCAUCGAGAGCAAACUUAAAAUAGUACCUGGCACAUAACAAGUCUCAGAUGUUAGCAGUGUAAUUACUUCUGUUGCUAACCUAUUAUGGGUAAGCUUGAGUACAGAAGCCAGACUAUGGUUAACCAUUUAUGCCGGACAGUGAAAGUUUAAAAUGUAACUUUCAUCAUAUCUUUCCUUUAGAGGUUUCAUUGCUUCCUGAUUAUAGUUUAAGGAAAACUGUUUGCGGGCUGUUUGACCAAGUCAUCUCCCCUUGCACCCGCCCUCCUGUUCCAUUGUUGAAAGAGCAGUGACAGCUGGAGGAGAGCUGCCAGGCAGAGUACCAUCUUAUUUUCCUCAUAGUUCUGCGAUCUGCCCACAUUUCUGGCCAUAUUGCUGAUUUCGGUAUGUCACUCAGUCCAGGUUAAUGACUUUUUUGGCUUUGGAUACCCUUUGCAGAACCAUUACGGUUAAUCUGUUUGCUGUUUCUUGGAUUGGAUGACAUCUAAAUUAUCUUCCUGAUUACAACUAUCUAUCUCUGUAGUGAUAGAGAAUGAUGCUCCGGAGGUGGAAAUGUCCACUUACUAGAACUUACUUUUUCCUUUUUCCUUUUUUCCCUUUUCCUUCUCAAAAAGUGAUGUUUAGCGUGGUGCACUGAACAGUACAAUGUGCUUCAGCCUGAUCCUCUUUCCAGGCCACUAUCCUCAAUCCCCUUGCCACCUCCCUCCCCGCUCCCCCAUCUCAGAGCCCCCCACCCCAUCUCAGGGCUAUAAAUCACCCUUCCUCCUGACUCUUGUUUACCAUUGUGCACAUUGGUUUUAGUUCUUUGUGUUGGUCCCUAAUACCCGCUGCUAGACUGCAGGCUCCUUGAGGGCAGAAUUCCUGUCUCCUCUGAAUCUGGACCUCACUGCUCCUGGCACAACUCCUUGCAUGUGGGAAGCAUUCAAUAAAUAUGGUUGAUGGAACAAAUAAUUAUUCCCACAAAGUGACAGAUGGCUUUAGUUGCAAGGCAAGAGUGAUGUUGCAAUUCUGUGUGCUGGAACGGGUGGCCUAAUAAGACCAUCCAUCUAAAUACCUCUUUGUUUUUGUCGUUCUGUGUGUUACAUUUGCCGUUAGCCUUGAAGUCCAUGUAAUGAGCCAAAUUCCAUGUAGUUUCACACCAGCCACUCAAAAAAUAGGGUGACCCAGUUCGUCAAGAGAGGAUCACUGUCCACAUUCAAGAAAAUGUGGUUAAUAUGCUUGUAAGGAGACCUCAUAUGGUCCCGUUGAUUUCACUGUUUUGUGGGUCCAUGGAAGAAGUAAGUUGAAGCAAUGUGUGUCGUCAAGUGUGGAAAAAUUGGAAAAACUGGAGUCCAAGUGAUUUAUGUCCAAAUGACAGCACUGCACUUGAUAAAACAGAAUUUCCUGUUCAACACAACAAUAAACAUUUCUGAAAAGUACAUACUCUCAACCUGAGAGGUAUUGAUAUGUUAGUAAGAUAUAAAUGAAGGCCUCGUGGUUUGGUAGGU